AUGCGCAAGAGGCAGAAAAUAUCCCAGGGUCCAUUCCUCAACGUAAUUGCCAGCCCCUUCAGCAGUCUUUCCCGGAUUGAAAAAUCAUGUCCAAUGUCCGGCGGCGGUGUUAUUGUCCGUCAACACGCAAGUUUAUGGACUAGGGAGAGGGAGAGAGAGCGAGAGCAAGAGCGAGAGCUAGAGAGCUCUUCAGAAGGGCAUACAUGGGUAACAUUAAACUCUCUAACGCCAAGAUCAAAGGACUCAAGCUUGGAUAAAAAGAAGCUGAGUAACAGCAAGGGAAAAUUAUCACUGGCCUCACGGAAAUGGCAGCUCUAUUAUACCUAUGUUGGUGGGGGCCACUAUGUUGGUGGGGGCCACUAUGUUGGUGGGGGCUACUAUGCUGGUGGGGGCUACUAUGCUGGUGGGGGCCACUAUGCUCGUGGGGGCCACUAUGUUCGUGGGGGCCACUAUGCUCGUGGGGGCCACUAUGCUGGUGGGGGCUACUAUGUUCGUGGGGGCUACUAUGCUCGUGGGGGCCACUAUGCUGGUGGGGGCCACUAUGUUGGUGGGGGCUACUAUGCUGGUGGGGGCCACUAUGCUGGUGGGGGCCACUAUGCUGGUGGGGGCCACUAUGCUGGUGGGGGCCACUAUGCUGGUGGGGGCCACUAUGCUGGUGGGGGCCACUAUGCUGGUGGGGGCCACUAUGCUGGUGGGGGCCACUAUGCUCGUGGGGGCCACUAUGCUCGUGGGGGCCACUAUGUUCGUGGGGGCCACUAUGCUCGUGGGGGCCACUAUGCUGGUGGGGGCCACUAUGCUGGUGGGGGCCCUAUGCUCGUCAAGACUGUCAACAAGUGGAAUGUUAAUAUUAUCAUUCAACACACAGUGACCUGA